AUGGCGGACUCUAUUCAAUGGACUCGAGUGCUCCAGCUCGUGAACCUCCUGGGAGUCACUCAUCUUGCCGGCUACCAAUUUGGGACGGACAAAAUUGCCAUGUACAGCAUCCUAAAACUCAAUGACAAGGACACCAUAGUAAAGCUCUGGUUCCGGGGCUGGGACUUUGGCCGAGUGUACGGCCCCGCAAUGGUUGUCGGCACGGCCGCCGUUUUUGGCUUCCUGGCAUGGAACGACGGCAUCGCAAGUCCCGCAUUCCCAUUCAAUCUUGCCGCCGGACUCCUGAUGGGGGCUGUGGGCCCGUAUACGCAAUUCAGGAUCUUCCCCGUCAACGACAAGCUCUUGGAGGAGCAUCGAAUUGUUAUCAAGGCGGAGAAGACGGACGAUCGAGCACAGGGCGCCAGUGUCGAGGUUGUUCGAGGAUGGGCUGCUGACUGGAAGAGGCUCGACAUUCACCGACAACUUCUCGCCUAUCUUGCUGCCGGGGCUGGCUUGAUCGCUGUUCUCAGAGCUUGA